AUGCGGACAGCACACCGUGUUGUUCUUGGAGAACAUGACAGAAGUUCCUCUGCUGAACCAAUCCAGUCCCUGGCCGUAUCACAAGUUUUUACUCACCCAGAUUGGGAUUCCAAUGCCAUCACUAAUGACAUUUCCUUGAUAAAACUAGCCACUCCAGCUGUUAUUGGCUCAACUGUAUCCCCAGUGUGCUUAGCUAAUCCCGGUGACGUGUAUGAUGGCCGCAUCUGUGUUACAAGUGGAUGGGGAAAGACAAGAUGGUUUGCCCUUUCCACUCCUAGCAAAUUGCAGCAGACAGCCUUGCCUGUGUUGUCUAAUGAACAAUGUAAGACCCACUGGGGUACUAACAUCAGUGAUGUCAUGGUCUGCGCUGGAGCUGCUGGGUCAUCUUCCUGCAUGGGUGAUUCUGGCGGACCUCUUGUGUGUCAAAGAAAUGGUGCUUGGACACUGGUUGGUAUUGUGUCAUGGGGAAGCAGCACAUGCUCAACAUCUACUCCAGCUGUCUAUGCACGUGUCACUGAGCUCCGUAGCUGGGUGGACCAGAUUAUUGCUUCCAACUAA